CACGAGUGCAGACGUACGAGUACGAUACAAAACAUCCAAGUCUAAGUCUUGGCUCGCAAGUGGCGAAUUUGUCUCUGUAUGUAUGUACUCGUAGUAUGUAAUGUACCUACUUACGAUGACCGCGAUCGCGUCGCGCGUUGUGUCGUGCCGUGCCGUGCCGUGCCGAGAAUUCUUCACUCACGGUAAGACUACGAGUAUUGUACGUGUAACGAGUACGUGUACAAGUACAAGUACAAGUAUUGCUGAUUGCUCGGUUUAAUCGUUUCGUUUAACCGUCUAAUCGUCUAAUCUUCUAAUCGUCUAAUCGGACAGACUGUUGGACAUAAAUCGCGUUAAUCCCAUCGUACUCGUAAUUACACUUACACCUACCCACGAGUACAUCCGUAGCUGUUGAUCAUUCAUUUCAUAUGCAGAUGCACAUUGCACAUACCUACUCGUAGUCGUACGGCUACAAUUACAAUACGAGUCGAGUACAUACGCGUACGCGUACGCGCACUCGUAGUCGUAACCUAUAUUGAAAUAUCUACCUAUACUUGUAAUUUUGAGUAUUACUCUAUUCUGCCGCGCGUAAUCGCAAAUCGCAGCAACUAAGUAUAGCUAGACCGGCGCGGCGCGGCGCGGCGCGGCGCGGCUACAAGGUACAGCGGCGUACCGUAUCAAUAUUGCAUAUUACAAUUGUGCUGGUGCUCGAUUAAUCGUCGUCGUUCGUCGUUCGUCGUCGCGCAAUUUCGAAAAAUACGCAAGUACUCGUCUACUCGUAUAAGUAGUGCAUUCUGAAGCAUAGCAAAUUAGCUCGCAUUAGCAGUUCGUAUGGUAAGUACGAGUAAGUACAAGUACGUAAUUCUACAAAGUAUGAAAUCGACACAGAGUUACAAACUCGUAAGGCUGCUAGCUCGCAAUAUCAGAGGCGAUGGCGAUGGCGACGGCGGCAUUUUGCGAGUAAAAUGCAUCGGCGCUAUGAACGGCGGGCGGCAGUGGCAGUGGCAGCGGCAGCGACAGCGGCGAUAUUGCACGACGAGUUCUCACCAAACAUUAGCGCAACACUACACCAACACGAAGCAACUGUGCGAAUCCAAGAAAUUGCCACCCGAUGUGAAUGUCGAAGGAGUAUUCGCUUGCAAUCAAUUGGAUCUGAGUGAAAUUCAAGUGUACGGCUUCGAUUACGACUACACGUUGGCUUGCUACAAACCAGCUAUGGGAUACAUUCUGUACAAUUUAGGUCGAGAUUUACUAGUAAAUAAGUACAAAUAUCCAGUUGGUAUUAGCGAGUUGGAGUACGAUCCGUCGUUUGCCGUUCGAGGACUGCAUUACGAUAUAGAAAAAGGUAUUCUCAUGAAAUUGGAUUCGUUUUUGCAAAUCGAACUCAGAUGCGUUUACAAAGGACUGACUAAAAUACCAGAAAACGAAGUACUCAAGUUAUACAAGAGCAGAAAAGUGCCCAUCAAAUUUAUAGACACCAACUUGCAAAGCAAAGUGAGUCUUCCAUCGCCUCGCCUCGCCGUCUUUUCCCCUCUUUUUUUUACACAUUUCGUACACGUUUCACUGUUGCAGCAUGUCGCGCCGAAAAUGUACCAAUUGGCGGAUUUAUUUUCAGUACCGGAGAUGAGUUUACUAUGCAACAUUUCCGAAUAUUUCGAACAGAAUCAGAUCCAUUAUCAUCCGGAAAUUUUAUUCCAAGAUGUCAAGACUUGCGUCGGAUUAAGCCACGUAAAAAUGCACCAUCUAGUGUCGAAAGACACGCAAACAUUUUUAGAGAAAAACGUCGAGUUGGAAGAAUACCUCAAGACACUGCUCAGCGUCGGAAAGAAGUUAUUUUUAAUCACCAACAGCCCGUUCAGAUUCGUCGAUAACGGAAUGAAACUGCUGUUGGGCGAUAAAUGGGAAGAUUACUUCGACGUAAUCAUCGUAGAAGCUAGGAAACCGCGCUUUUUUACUGACGAAUCUCGACCGUUGCGCAUUUACGAUAAAACAACGCACACCAAUCUGUGGGAUAAAGUGACGGCGCUGCGCAAGGGUCACAUCUAUUACCAGGGCACGAUUAAUAAUUUGCUGGAAUUGACCGGCUGGAAAGGACCCGAAGUGUUAUAUUUCGGAGAUCAUCCGUACACGGAUUUGGCCGACGUAACUCUGGAGCAUGGUUGGAGAACCGGCGCAAUUCUCAGCGAACUUACGCACGAAAUUCGAACGCUGAAUACGGAAAAAUUCAAAAGCACGUGUAACUGGCUACAAAUGUUGACGCAACUCAUCGAGGAACAACAAGACAGCCGCUUGCCGGACGCCGCCGUUCAUCUAGCCGAAUGGCAAAUGGAGUGCAACCAACUCAGAGAACUCGCCAAAAGCUUGUUCAAUAAACAGUUCGGCAGCGUAUUCAGAACUCACAGCAGUCCGACCUAUUUUUCCAGACGAUUAUUCCGCUUCGCCGACAUUUAUACGUCUUCGGUGACCAAUCUGAUGAGACGCUCCGUCCAUCAUACAUUUUAUCCUAGAAGAGGAGUUAUGCCGCACGAAUACGCGUCUUAUUUCGUAUGAAUGUGCAUCGCGCACGCGCAGUUGUGCACUCCUGCACUCGUCAGCUUCGACUUAUUGGACAUCAUAGCUAUUAGCUAUUAGCUAUUAGCUACGACCUUCCACGUACUCCGCUUAUAUCCUACGUACGAGUACGAGUAGUCUUUAGAUAGGUACCUAUUAUGUCAUUUAUUUUGUCCAUUUUCAAAAAUAUACCUUUCUAUCGCGA